AUGAUCCCCUUCAUGCUUAUCGCGUGCUUGGCUACGGCCACCGCCACCACCGCCACAACUUCCAACACUACGACCACUAGCGAACCAUCGACCAACUCCACCAAAGAGAUCCUCAGCGCAAGCGAGACGGCAGAUCCGGGUAAAGUCGAAAUCGUGAAGCAAAUUCGUCGCCUGAACGAGGAUGGAUCCUAUACCAUCGGUUAUGAAGCCGACGACGGCACGUUCAAGAUAGAGAGCAGAGAUGUGUUGGGCAAUGUGAAGGGCACUUUCGGCUACAUAGACCAGGAUGGUGAAAUUAAACGAGUCACCUACUCUUCCUCUGGAGAAACUACACCGAUUCCUGUAACAACUAGCACGACGCAAAGUACACCGACAGCUGUCAGAGUCAAUAAGACCAUCUCAUCGACCACCAGGAGACCGUUAGCGACCGUAGUAUAUCCAACAAGAAGCAGCAUCAGGGAAAGUGCAACUAGAGGUACAGUGAUACAGUCUAUUCCAAGAAGACGUCCAGUAUCCACAUCAGCUAGAGCUACGACGAGUCAGGAGACGACCACAGAGAAACACAUUGUCGAAGAGACGACCAGCAAUAUUAUCAAUCUUUAUAAGCCCAGGGAGAGAGAAGAAACAAAAACAAGGACUCAAAUUUCAAAGCCAAUGUCCGCCACAGUGAAAGACGAUUUAAUUACCAAACAAACGACCACAAGUUUACCGCAGACCGUGAAACCUGUCCAUGAGAAUGUUGAGGAAGAUGAUCCUGAAGCUAGUAAGGCGAACACCAUACGCAGGGCGCUGCCAGGCACGAUUCACGAGCCCAAUUCGCACAUGAUGACUCUUCAACAAUCAGUUGGUGACGAUUCAACGGACGUGUACGGAAGUCACCAAUCACUUGGGAGCGUACGCCCUCUCUUUACAACCACUACCUCCAGGCCUCGAAUAAUACCAAUAAACACGUUAGUGGCCGCGAGACAAAAGCUACAGCAUAGAUAUCAAGAUCCCAUUCAAGAGCAGGAGACGACGGUGGAAGCCAGUACUGGCCGUGUCUUUGACCAGCAGCGGGGUGUGACAACGAACCCCGUGCCUGUAGUCCAUGUACAUCCUCAUCGGGAUGCAGAUGAGAGGCUUUAUCAGCAACCAAUAUACAGAAGACCUCAGGCGACUGUUCAGUUUCGCACUGAUGAAUACUUGAGAGACCAUCCGGGGGCUCCAAUACCAAUUGGGAAUCAGCGGCCCUUUCUCCACUACGAAUAUCCAGAUAAAGUACUGGAGCAGCAGUUUAUGAAAGAGGCUCCUUCCACCCAGCAAAACAAAGGCACUGUGGAAACCGCGACCGUUCCUUACGAGGUGAGGCCAGCGCAAAGAAUUAUCCCUAUACCAGUAGACGAGAGGGGUGUCCCUAUACAGGGAUACCAAGCUCGAUUCGUCAAUCCGUAUAGACCUAGCCCAACGCCAGUAGUAUACCAACAGCGGUACGAUCCCCUUGAAGAAAUGAAUUCUAUAUCGGCACCGGUGAGUACGAGGGAUCUGAAAAGGCUUCUUCAGAUUUUGAUACUGAGACAGAAUCGUCUGCAAGCCUUAAUGGAUCAAAUAGUGGCCCCUAGUCCACCUUACCAGCAUUUGUCACAGUACCGUCAGGACUAUGACUACAAUCGCGGACAAAUGUCCCGUUACGUGGACGAGGAUCGCUUCGACUAUAGAUACGAUCAGCAGUACAGGUCCGUACCCUAUCAGGAGCAGAUGGGUUUCGAUGAUGACCAAUACGAGAGCCAGAGAUACGUCCCGCGCAGGAGGGCGUACAGACGUCCGUACGAUGCGGCUGGCUCCUCUUCAAACAACGUAGAGGAGACGCCGGAGUACCUGCCACCGGAGAUCCGCGAGGCUUUGCUGCUAAAGAUGCUGAUGCUGGCCAUCAAUCCGGACUACGUGCCGACUCCAGCACCUUCAACGGAGCUCACAACAGCUGCACCAACUCGGAAGCAGGUAAGGAACGUGCAAGUCCUAGGCGAGGAGGGCUCCGAAGUGAAAUCCGUGCAAAGACAU